AGUGAAAUUUUUUGCUUGUUCGUUGUUUGAGUGUGAGACUGUGAGUGUGUGUGUGUGUGUAGAUGUUGAUGGUGGAGUCAUCGAAAGAUAAGUCCGUAUGCGUUGACUCGCUGUCAAUAAUUAUUUGUAAUUAUUAUGUUCAGUGGUAAGCAAAAUGUUUUCUGUAGUCUAGUGAUUACUUAAAUUGAACCUAUCUUCAUAAAACUUGUAUAUAGGAAAUGUAUGUAUUGGUGUCGUCUAAUCUACAUCGAUCUAGGCUAGGUUUCCGUUAGGUCACCGCCAUGAAGGAUGGUAACUUCUGUUUUAGCGGUUUUAAGUGUUUUUUGUGAAGUUCAGUGAUUUCUGUGUUUUGGAUCUGCAUACCUACUUGCUGUUCUGAAAGAAACGAAUUUGGUUUUUCUCACUUCCUUUGGAAUAACAUUUAUUCAUUUGACUACAAGUGGACAACAGACGUUGAGUUAAUGAAAGUAGAUUGGCGAGCUUUGAUCCACAAUGGGGAAGUUACUCUCCAAGAUAUUUGGAAACAAGGAGAUGAGGAUACUCAUGCUUGGCCUAGACGCAGCCGGCAAAACCACUAUUUUAUACAAAUUGAAAUUAGGACAAAGUGUAACAACGAUACCCACAGUAGGAUUCAAUGUAGAAACGGUUACCUAUAAAAAUGUUAAAUUCAACGUAUGGGACGUGGGAGGGCAGGACAAGAUCCGGCCGCUGUGGCGACACUACUACACGGGCACGCAGGGCCUGAUCUUCGUGGUGGACUGUGCCGACAGAGACCGCAUCGACGAGGCGCGCCAGGAGUUGCAUCGCAUCAUCAACGACCGCGAAAUGCGAGACGCCAUCAUACUCAUAUUCGCCAACAAACAGGAUCUGCCUGACGCAAUGAAGCCGCACGAGAUCCAGGAGAAGUUGGGCCUGACGCGGAUCCGCGACCGCAACUGGUAUGUGCAGCCGUCAUGCGCCACCACAGGGGAUGGCCUCUACGAGGGACUCACCUGGCUCACCAGCAACCACAAGCUAUGAGACCAGCGACCAGUCCACUCCACGCCACUCCACCACUAGAGCCGACACUGCCAGGCCGUUCACUGAUCAAAUAACCAACUCACAACAAUGAUCGGCUAAUAAAAACAAAGCAGGUUCAAUGUUGUUGUUGUUGUUCGCACAUUUGUGUUCGAUGAUAGGGUUUCGUUUAAACUUUUUAUAGAAUUCAGGACUGUUUACAAACAUUGUACUAUAGACUGUAUGAUUUCGUUGUAAUUUAUUUUGUUAUGAAUGAUGCUGUGCAUCGGAAAAUUUCGACGAGUUUUGUGAAAUAAACUGUUGAAUGUUUUGCUAGCUAGCUAAUUCAUGAUACUCUUUAUCGCUCCGAGUGCGUCUACAAAACCUUCAUUGUGAUUAAUUUUGGUAUGCAUGAUGCUGUGCAUCAUAAGCUUUUUCUGAAUUGAGACUUUUGGAAAAUUAGCUUCAAUUUUGUUGAAUUCUUUGCUAGCUAGUCUGAAUCCAUCUAUAGAACUUUAGAACGUUUUAUAGAAUUUGGGGACUAUUUAUGCACACCAUACUCUAGAAUAUACUUUGAUUCCUUAAAUUCUGUGAUUUCGAACUUCUAGUUG